CGCCGCUGCCCGAGCCUUCGCCUCCCGAUGAACCGCGAUGGGGGAAUGGACCAUCCUAGAGAGACUCCUCGAAGCCGCCGUCCAGCAGCACUCCACUAUGAUAGGGAGGAUUCUGCUGACCGUGGUGGUGAUCUUCAGGAUUCUUAUUGUGGCCAUUGUAGGAGAAACUGUGUACGACGAUGAGCAGACUAUGUUUGUGUGCAACACCUUGCAGCCAGGCUGCAACCAGGCAUGUUAUGACCAAGCAUUUCCCAUUUCUCACAUUAGAUACUGGGUAUUUCAGAUCAUCAUGGUGUGCACUCCCAGCCUCUGCUUUAUAACAUAUUCUGUUCACCAGUCUGCCAAGCAGAGGGAAAGGAGGUACUCCACUGUCUUCCUCACUUUGGACAGGGAUCAGGACUCCAUGAAGCGGGACGACAGCAAGAAGAUCAAGAAUACCAUUGUCAAUGGGGUGCUGCAGAACACUGAGAACUCCACGAAGGAGGCAGAACCUGACUGCUUGGAAGUAAAGGAAAUUCCCAACCCAGCUAUCAGAACCACCAAGUCAAAGAUGAGGCGGCAAGAAGGCAUCUCUAGGUUUUAUAUCAUUCAGGUGGUCUUCAGAAAUGCCCUGGAGAUUGGAUUUUUAGUGGGACAGUAUUUCCUGUAUGGAUUCAAUGUCCCAUCCAUGUACGAAUGUGACAGGUAUCCUUGCAUUAAGGAAGUGGAGUGUUACGUCUCCAGGCCCACUGAGAAGACAGUCUUCUUGGUCUUCAUGUUUGCCGUGAGCGGCAUUUGUGUGGUGCUCAAUUUGGCUGAACUGAACCACUUGGGCUGGAGAAAGAUCAAAAUGGCAGUGAGGGGAGUGCAAGCGAAACGGAAAUCCAUUUAUGAAAUCAGAAACAAAGACCUGCCACGUAUGAGUGUGCCUAACUUUGGCAGGACUCAGUCCAGUGACUCUGCUUAUGUGUGAGGCUGUGGCAGAACCAGAGGACUUUGCUGGGGAUCACUGACCUACCGCACAUUAGCGUUAGGGAAAGGACAUUGCUGAAGCAAUCAUUUCCUCAAACCACCAAGAAAGCCGUUAAGGUACCUGAUCUGCACUUUCUAAACCAGAUACAAAACUGUGUGCUAAAUAAAAGACUGACAAAGAAACAGCUAUACAACAACUUCAAUCUGGCCUUACAGCUCAGUUAUUUCCUCUCCCGAAUGGUCGAUUGCUAUUUGUUGACUGGAGCAUCUUUUCAACCAUCAUCAGGACAAGAAAAUUUGCCUAUCUGAUGGGAAAUGUGUCUAGAAUGUUAUAUUUAAAAACGGCAAGGGAGCCAAUUCUUGAGGGAGGGUUUGGGGAGGGGGUCAUAGCAAUAUCCAGUUGCAAGCAUGUCUAUAAAAGCCAAGGGAGAGAUUUGCACUGUCCAGGCAUCUGACCGUAAAGCCUGUUAGUACAUCCAUGAGCUUCAUCUGAUGGAUGCCUGACUUUACAUGGUCAGCAUCACACAGUUGAUUACUGUGUAUGGUUAGCAUUUUUCUAUCCUUGUUUUUGUACAAAAACCAACUACACAAGAAAUGGUAGUGCUGAAAAUACUUUUUGCCAUUUAUUUAUUUUUUGGUUUGCCUGCCUACUUACACCAGAGACCUUAAUCAUUAUUAUGCUAGUUGUGAUCUACCAAAUUCAUAAACAAAUAAAUAAACCACAGCUCCCUGCUAUAUGCAUACAAAUGAUUGAUCUAAAGAUCAGCCAAGUUAUGUAUUUACCGACAGGUUUUUUUUUUUUUUUUGGACACAUAUACCAAAGGAGUAGAAAUUAUCGCUAUUAACUGUGAAUAUAUGUCACCGCCUCUUUGCUCUUAUUUAUAUAAGUGCCAUACUUGAAGUUAAAGAAUUUAACUGUAUUUAGUCAAAGGCUUGGAAAGGGAUCCCAACUUGAAACCACAGGGUUUUAUAUCUACUUUUAAUUUUAAUCAAGCUUUCCAUUUCCUCUUUCCUUUAGUUACUGCAAUGGUGUAAA